GUUCUCUAAAAGAAAGCGGCAGUGACGCGCUGCCGGGCCGGGGAACGCCUCCUCCCGCCCCCGGUCUCCUGCAGCCCUUCCGGGUCAGCGCCGAACCCGGGGCGGUUCUGGGUUCUGCUGCGGCCGGUCCGGGAUGGACAGCCAGAAGGAUGAGAAAAGCAGAGUGCACAGUGCAGCCCCCACGGAGGACCUGAAGGUCCGAGGAAAAGAAAAAAGGAAAAGAAAACGUAGCAGGAGCAGAUCAUCAUCCGUUUCAUCCACGUCAUCUUCUAGCACUACAUCCACAUCUUCUUCCCCGUCACAUUCGUCGUCAAGGUCGUCAUCUUCAAGUAGCAGAGAUUCUCCUAAAACUAAAUCAAAGAGAAGGAAAAAAGAAAAACACAACAAAAAGAAGAGAAAGAAAGAAAACAAAAUGAAGAAAAAGAAAGAAAAGAAGAAAAAGAAAGAAAAAUCAGGACCUGUCCAGCUUUCUAAGUUCUUCAAAAACAAAAAGAAGAAUGAAAACUACAGCAUGAUAACUGGAAAGAAAAUUAAGAUGAAAAUAAAGAAGACUAAGAAGGAUAAAGAGAGAGACCGGAACCGUGCAGAGCUGCUUGAAUUUCUGAACUCUGCCUUAUAAUGGGAAGAGUGUGACCAAGGACUUGUAAAUACGCCAAGCCGGUGAUGAUCAUGCCUAGCAAAAAAGCUAAAGAAAACUCAGGGAAAAGGAUGCCGAGUUUGACAAGACCACACUCUCCUGCUGAGACAAUCAGGAUGUCCUUUUUUAAUGGCAAAACGAAGAUCAAACGAUAACUUGUUAAUGAAGAUCCAUGUCCUUUUGAGAUGCUAAGGUAACAGCCAGGCUGUGGUGUUUUAGAGGAGCCUAAGAGUGCAUCAUUGGCAAUGACAUGAAGCAAUGACUCAUUGCUGCACUGAGGUCCAAUUCUAUCCUAACUGCAUGCAGAACACGCUUUUAAUUUCAGAUGUCUUAAAGUUUCCAGUAGCUUAAACAAAGCGGAUUAUUUGUAACUGCCUGUUGAAAGAUGAGGCAUUUCUCUGUGUAUAUUUUUUCCAGUAGUGGUUUUACUUGUCCUAAAGAGCAAGUUGACCUUUGUAAAUAGAACAUCCUUUUACAUAAAUGCUUUUUUGGCAGUUCAUUCAUUAAUAUAUUAUUUCAGAGUUUAA